CUUGAGGUGCCAUUUUCCAGCAAUGACAGCGAUGGCAGAUCAAUUACAGUAUUGUAUUGGUGCACGGUGUAAACGGCGCGCUCGUCGCUAGCACUAUUGGAUUAUCCUGAAGUUCCUGACUCGGAUGAACAUGUAGUGGCUGUUAUGACACACCAUGCCUGCGGCGAUGCUUACAAGACCUGGCUUGCUAGUUGCUACACUGGGCUACACGAUACCAAUGACUAACCGUAACGAGCUAUGUCUUUGGAUUCUGAACCAUACGACAUCCGAGUCGAUCAUCGAGGAUGCUUCACCAGUACAACUCAAAAAGUCAACACCAGAGCAUCAAUUUGAAGGCCACGAGGACGAUCGGAGAUACCUCGCAUAUGACGAACGUGGCAGGAAUCUUGCUUUGUGGAUGGUCUCAUACAUAGCUCCUGAGCUUCCGGCCGACGCUACAAAUAUUUGGUUGCACAGCUGUAUAGUGAUGAUUGUGGCGACCUUUUUCAGACUUCUCAUGCUUCGACACCAUCUUGCACCUCCUAUCGUCCCAAGUGUCCUAACUGAUCUUCGGCUCGCCGCUUCUGGAACAUCCAUAUACCCUCCCAUUAUCCAUGACCCAAUCUUCAGAAGGUCUACGUUACGUACUGCCCUGUGAACCGUAAUACUGAGACUGCUACAGCCCCAACCUCAAGUGCAAACGGUGACACAACAACCUGCGCAAGAAGAAGGUCAUGAUUGUUGUGCACACUGGUGCAUCUAAUGCUGCAUUUCCACUGUUCAGCUUGUUACCUCGUAAUAAUGCUAUCAUACCAGGCGUAUUUCGCCGUGCCCUUUAUCUCGGCUCGGUUCUGUUUUGAUACCGUAC